CCAUGCCGCCCACACGUACUACAGGCACGAACCGUCAAAGGUUAGAUGCACAGCGUCGACCUGGGCCCCCCUCCGCCAUCAACGUCACCCCCCUUCCUCAAGAACCAUCUAAGAAUAAGGCCGUAGUUGUACAGGAAGCCCGACAGCGCGUAGCUCAGGAGGCAGCGCAGUAACCAACAUAUGCCGAUGCCUACAGCCGCAUCAAUUGGAGCCGCCUUGCUAGCUAUCACCUGCCAACAGCGUCAUAAUACAACCGUACAGGAGAGGCCUGGGCAAGAUAAUAAUAAGGAUGUUGAUAAGAACUACGUGGCCGACGAGGACGAAUUUGCAGCAUGGCUAUCACGUGGGCGGCAUCGGGAGGAUAGAAAGGUGGCACGUAUAGGAUCUCGAAACUCUAUAAGUUUCCACGUAUCGCUCGCAUGGCUCUUGAUCUACUGUCUGCUCCGGCAAUAAGCACCUCUAACGAACAAGAUUUCAAUCAAACGGGCCUAAUGUAGACGUCUAAUCGAUCUACAUUAAAUACAGAAGUGCUCGGAGCUACAAUAGCGAUGGCUUCAUAGGACCGAGAGACGCUAAUUGAUAUAGUAGAUGGCAAGCUUCAGCACGGCUGGGUCCGCAUGAGGCAUAUUAAUGAGGUUUCGGCUAAUUCGGGCGAGUUAGAUAGCUCGGAGGACGAUGUCAAUAGCAAUUCUGAGUAGCUGAGAACUCAACACGAGAAAUUUUUAUAUAUGGG